AAAACGUUCGUUAUCCUCCGCUUCUGCCGUUCACACGUAACCUAGAUAGCGUUGUAUGCAUAUGGAAAUUAAGCUGUCAAAAAGCCAGACAGCCCCCGCUCUAAUCUCCUAGAUAAACUUUGUUUCGAGCUUCUCCAUUAUCUUUCAGGCGUUCAGCAUGGCAGGACGAGGUGUUUUCCACAGGAUGCGAGCCGGUUUGGUCUUGUUGCUCCUGUGUCUGAAUGAAGACCAGCAAGCCUCAGCCUCGGAGACGGUGAGAAGUUUCUAUGACACCCUGAAUGUUGAGCGGACAGCCUCGGACACCCAGAUAAAAAAGUCUUUUCGCAGCCUGGCAGCGAGGUACCAUCCUGAUAAGAACAAGAGCGCCCAAGCUGAAACCACUUUUAGGGAGAUUGCAGAAGCCUAUGCAGUGCUGUCAGAUGAGAAGAAAAGGCGUCUGUAUGACAGCGUGGGUCAUGAGGCCUUCUUGGAAAACCAGGCCUCGUUUGAGGAUGAGGAUGAGACCAGCUUCCACUUUAGUUUCUCAGACUUCUUCCAGAAUUUCCAUGACAGUGCCUUUAUGGACGAACCACAAGUUCACUGGAGCUUCUUCCAGGAAGAGGAAGAGGAAGAGGAAGAGGAGUACAUUCAUGACAGACAUUACAGCUCUGAAGAGUCUACCUUCAGCUUCUAUUUUGAUGAUGGAAAUGAGGAGGAGCAUUACUACUGAUUUAUAGUUUUAAUAUACUCUCUUUUAUUUAUAAUAAAGUUUUUCAAACAAAUUGUA